AUGAAAAAGAAAUCUAGAACAAAGCUUAUUGAUAGUAGCACAACAAGAUUUAGGUAUAAUGGCACCUCUUAUCCAGUACGCAAUGGUGUUUGUGAUGGUGAACUUAAGAAAUUGUACUCUACCUGCAAAGGAAAGAAACUUGAUUUUCCAACCAUCAAGCAGAGCAAAUAUUUUGCUCAAAAGUGGUUGGAAGUGAGAAGUUUUGAGCCUUUUAGAGGAAAUGGGAAUCCCCAAGUAAAUUUUAAGACUAGGGUUACUUCAAGAACACUCAAGGCAGCAGUUGAAGCACUUCUUGCAAAACAUUCGUUAAGUUUACACAGAAUAAGGGGACAAGGUUAUGAUGGAGCAUCAAAUAUGCGAGGGGAGUUCAAUGGUUUGAAAGCACUUAUUCUAAAAGAUAAUCCUCAAGCAUUCUACAUUCAUUGUUUCGCACAUCAACUCCAAUUAUGUUUGGUGGCAGUUGCAAAAAAUCAUUGGCAAGUAAAACAUUUAUUUGAGAUGACUUCAAGAAUUGUAAACACUGUUGGAGCUUCAUGCAAGAGGAAUGAUACACUAAAAAAUAUUCAACGUGAUAAAAUUCUUUUUCAUUUAAGUAGUGGAGAGUUAGAUGCUGGUCGAGGUUUGAACCAAGAAACAAAUUUGCAUCGUGCUGGUGACACCCGCUGGAAUUCACAUUUCCAAACAUUAAUCAGUCUUACAAAAAUGUAUGCUUCUGUACUUGAAGUACUAGAAAUUGUGAAGGAAGAGGGUAUACAUGAUCAACAAUCAGUUGAAGCUGGUGUUUUAAUAAAUGCCAUGAAAUCUUUUGACUUUGUCUUAACAUUGCAUUUGAUGAUUGACAUUUUAGGGAUUACAAAUGAAUUAUCUCAAGCAUUACAAAGAAAGGAUCAAGAUAUUAUAAAUGCAAUGAAAUUGGUACAAGUGUCCAAACAACGAUUGCAAAUGAUGAGGGAAAAUGAAUGGGUGCCUUUACUUGAAGAAGUGACACGUUUUUGCAAUAUUUUUGAAAUUGAAGUUCCAAAUAUGGAUUCUAAAUUCAAGGCUCGUGGACGAUCUGGGUGA